UUUAUAAUAUAAAAAAUGGGUAAAGUUAAAAAAAUUGAUGAAAAUAAAAAAAAUAAGGUCAAGCGAAAACUGUUUGAAAAACCUGUAGCUAUUGUUAAACCUUAUGUGGCAGAAAACUUAUAUAAAGCGCCUCAAAUUUAUGUCCCUCAAGUGGUUGAAACGAGGCCACUUGAGGAAACAGAUGAAUAUUUGUAUGAAAAUGAGCUGGAAAUCUACGACGAUAUUCCAGAAAUAGACAAUGAACAAGUUGGCAUACUCGAUAGUAUAAUGAAUAGAUUCGAUCAACAAGAACAAGUUCGCAUACUCGAUGGAGUAAUGAUUAGAAUAGAUCGACAUUUAAACGAGAACAGAAUGAACAGAAACGAGCGUUAUUUUGCACAUAAUCGAGAAUGUAUAGGUUGUUGUUUAUGUAAAGGAGAAGAAAGCGAACAUAAUCAUUGUUGUGUACCUCAUUGUGUUUUGUUUUCUGUUCAAUCAAAAAAAGAAAGCGAUCAUCUUACCAAAUCUUCUAUGACACCUGCUGAAAUAGCUUGCACUAUGAUUAAAAAAAUUACUUUUCAUAAUUUUAGAAGAACUUUUGUCAAUUCUUCAGGUGACACUUAUGUAAUUGAUUUAGAAAACAAACCAGAAGAUCAACAAUUAUGUUAUCGUAGUUAUGUUUCUUGGUGUAAAGGAAAUACUCCUUCUACUCUUAGUAUUAAUAAUUUUGCAGAUUUUUAUACCUAUGACGACGACAGUUUUAUUAGAAACCCCAAGGAUUAUUUCAGUAAAACGCAAAAUUUAACUGAACCUUUAGCAAUUGACACCACUAGCGAUUAUAAUUAUGUUAACGACAAACCACCGGCAACCAUUCAAGGAAACAAUUCCUUACAAAUUACCGUUGAUUUUGUUACCAAUUUUAAAGGUAUCAUAACUCUGUACCUUCAACUUGCGGCACAACUGGUUCAAACUGGAACAGGAGAAGACGAAAAUUACACAUAUUUUCCUUUCAAAUUUAAAUCAUCAUAACACCUUUUACAACAUUUUUGUUUUAGUUAAAUUAACCAUGUUUUAAUUGUAUUUUUUUAUGCACGCACGACUAUUUAAUUUGAAAAAAAUAUAAAAAAAACAUUUAUAUUUGUUCUUUCUCAAAAUUAAUUGUAUGGCGCGAAGACGGUAUCGUAAAAGAAGAGGUCGCAAACAUCGAGGUAAAGGAAAAAUUAUAACAAGAGUUAAAAAUCUUGCCAGACGUUUACUUAGAUCAGACGUGGGAGGUUUAGCGUUAGAUUAUUUGCAAAAACAACGUAAUGUAUAGAUUGUGUAGAAAAAAAAUUCAUAAAAGACGAGGAAAAGGAAGAGUUUAUUUACCUCCGUUAAAAGGCGCCGGUAGAAGGAAACGAAUACGCGGUAAAUUUCUUCCGAUAUUAGGCGCUUUAUUGGGUGGCAGUUUACUAUCUUCUAUAAUACGUUAAAAAAUUAUUUUUAAAAUGCGUAAAAGACUAAAAGGAAAAAGACAUAAAAAACGUUUCAAAAGACGUUACAAAAAACGAAUGCUUGGAAAAUUUUUAGGAGCAAUAGGUGCAAUUGCUUCAAAACUUUUACCAAGACUUUUACCUGUUAUAGGAAGAGCCGCUUUAGGUGGCGCAGUUUCAGGAGGAAUAUCUUAUGGAAUUAAUCAAGCUGGAAAAUAAAAACAUUUCUUUGUAUCAUUUUAAUUUAUUAAAUAUUGUAUUACAACCGUAUACAUGCUCGUGUUUUAAGUUAAAUUUUUCGUAACCCUUAUAAUAAUUAAUAAAAUUUUCCAAGCGUUUUAAUAAUACAACUAAACGUUUGUUAUGUAUAUCAAAUUUCCAUAUGAUAAACGAUUCCAAACUCGACUGUUUCUCUUUAUAACCCGGAGUAUCAAUAACAAUAAUAUAAAAAUAUUUUUUUCGUAUACACGUUAAUAUAAAACAAAAUUCAUAAAGUACUUUUAAAUUUGUAAAGUUUAUAAUUUCUACAAUGCAAUCUAACUUGUCCAUCAUUUCCUCGAUUGGUUUAUAUUUUCUUUUGUCAGUAUUAUUUAAUACUUCUCUACAAAUCUUCUCCAAUUCAUAAAGGUUCAUAUUCAUUUAUUUUGACUAAUAGCACACAAACAAUAUAUUGUAGUGUUCCAAAAAGAAAGAAUAAUAUCAUUAAUAAUGUCAGCAACGUAAACACCAAAACCAUUAACAAAAAAUUUGCAAUCUUUCCAGAAACGAGUAACAACAAUUUUGCUAUCUUUUCCAAUUUUGUAUAAUUAUAUAAUUUUAUCGCAUUAAGUUUAACAAAGUUUCCAACACAUUGAAAAAACUUGCAUAUUUGUAUACCACUUUUUUUAAUAAAAUUAAAUACUUCCAUUUAAAAUGCAAAAAGAACUUCUAUUAUUGUAAAAACAAAUAUAACAGCUUUAACGAACUUCCCAACUAUGUAUUUGAUUACCAUGUGAAUCGUACAUAUACGGAUUUGGUUUUGGUUUUUCUGAAUUGUACGGUUUUACAACUGCAACAAGUUUUGGUUUAUCGAACUGUUGUUUUGGUUUGUUCUUUGAUUCCAUCUGUAUAAA